AUGUUAAACGCUUUCACCACCACCGUCAACAUUCCCAACAUCUCCGGUGUGGAGCAGCUGGUGGAGGCUCUGGAGAUGCAAAUGGACAUUGACAAAGUGGACGACCUGAUACAGGACAACACGGAGCAGCAGGAGCCUGCCAAGGAAACAAAGAUGAGCGGCUGCAUGCACAACUGUCUGGACGUCUUUUUGGAUUUGAAGUCAAUGUUUGCAUUAUUUUCUUUGCUGUCUUUCCAGAUUUUGCAAGCGGCUCGAUGCCCGACAGACGAACUGUCAUUGACCAACUGUGCCGUCAUCAAUGAGAUGGAGCCACAGUUUGAACAACACGUGGCCGUGCGCAAUUUAAACCACAACUUUGUGUUCACCUUGAAGAAGCAUCCGAGUGUCAACUCCGGGACCAUCGCCUUCAGUCUGCCACAGAGGAACUGGGCAUGCCUAUCGAUUGGCCAAGAGGUUGAAGUAACAAACUACAAGUUUGACAAGUCCAAGCAGUGUAUAAGCAGCAUGACAGUGGAGAUAGACUUCCUGCAGAAGAAGAACGUGGACAGCAACCCGUACGACUCCGACAAGAUGGCCGGCGAAUUCCUCCAGCACUUCAACAACCAGGCUUUCUGCGUUGGCCAGCAGCUGGGGUUCAGCUUCUGUGAUAAGCUGUUUGGCUUAGUGAUAAAAGACAUUGAGGCCAUGGACUCCAGCAUCCUGAGUGGAGAACAAGCCUCUGGCAAGAAACCGAAGAUUGAGAUUGGUUUGUUGCUGGGAAACAGUCAGGUGAUUUUUAAGAAGUCAGAAACCUCGUCCAUGACUCUGAUUGGGAAAGCCAAGACCCGAGAGUCUCCCCAGUCUAUCAUCAGCCCGGACUGGAAUUUUGAGAAGAUGGGCAUUGGCGGCCUUGACAAGGAGUUCUCUGACAUCUUCCGCAGAGCCUUCGCCUCCCGAGUCUUCCCAACAGACUUGGUCGAACAGAUGGGCUGUAAGCAUGUGAAGGGGAUCCUGCUGUACGGACCCCCAGGCUGCGGUAAAACCCUGAUGGCACGACAGAUUGGCAAGAUGCUCAAGGCCCGGGAGCCGAAGAUAGUCAACGGCCCCGAGAUCCUCAACAAGUACGUCGGGGAGUCUGAGGCCAACGUCAGGAAGCUGUUUGCAGACGCUGAGGAAGAACAGAAGAGGCUCGGGUCCAACAGCGGCCUCCACAUCAUCAUCCUCGAUGAGAUCGAUGCCAUCUGUAAGCAGCGUGGCAGCAUGGCCGGCAGCACCGGCGUCCACGACACUGUGGUCAACCAGCUGCUGUCCAAGAUCGACGGAGUAGAGCAGCUCAACAACAUCCUGGUCAUAGGGAUGACCAACAGGCCGGACCUGAUAGACGACGCCUUAUUGAGGCCAGGAAGACUGGAGGUCAAGAUGGAGAUUGGGUUACCGGAUGAAAAGGGCCGAAGUCAGAUCCUUCACAUCCACACAGCGAAGAUGCGUCAGUAUGAGCUGCUGGCCAACGACGUGGAUGUUAAGGAACUGGCCGUGGAGACCAAGAACUUCAGCGGUGCCGAACUGGAGGGUCUGGUCAGGGCUGCACAGUCCACCGCCAUGAACAGACAUAUAAGGGCCAGUACCACUGUGGAGGUGAACAUCGAGACGGCGGAGAAGCUGCAGAUCAGCCGGCUGGACUUCAUCACGUCGCUGAAUAAUGACAUCAAACCUGCGUUCGGUACCAACCAGGAGGAUUUUGCCAGAUUCAUAAUGAAUGGUAUCAUCCGGUGGGGCGACCCGGUGUCGGCGGUGUUGGAGGACGGGCAGCUGCUGGUGAAGCAAACGAAAAACAGUGACCGCACGCCCCUCGUCUCCGUGCUCCUGGAAGGUCCACCGAACAGCGGCAAAACGGCGCUGGCAGCUAAGAUUGCGCAAGACUCCCAGUUCCCUUUUAUCAAGAUUUGCUCCCCCGACGACAUGAUCGGAUACUCAGAGAUUGCAAAAUGCCAGGCCAUCAAAGAGAUAUUUGAAAAUGCCUACAAAUCCCAGCUGAGCUGUGUGGUCGUGGACAACAUCGAACGCUUGUUCGACUAUGUCCCAAUCGGUCCUCGUUUCUCGAACCUUGUGCUUCAAGCUCUGCUGGUGUUGGUCAAGAAAACUCCUCCUAAGGGCCAUAAGCUGCUGAUCAUUGGCACCACCAGUCGAAAAGACGUCCUCCAGGAAAUGAGGAUGUUAAACACGUUCAGCACCACCAUCCACAUUCCCAACAUCUCCAGUGGGGAGCAGCUGGUGGAGGCUCUGGAGCUGCUGGGCAGUUUCCAGGAGAAGGAGCGGAACAUUAUAGCUGAAGCUGUGAAGGACCACACUCUGUGGAUUGGCAUCAAAAAGCUGCUCAUGCUGAUUGAAAUUGCCGUGCAGAUGGAUCCCGACCACAGAGUGAGCAAGUUCCUCAGCCUGUUGACGGAUGAAGGAGCGUAA